AUGUUUGCCAGACUCCCGCUAAAACCCAGAACCACCUCCUCCUCCUCCGCUUCUCGCCGGAGAACCUCCUCCACCUCCUCCCUUCCGAGCAUCCCAAGCUCUUCUCCUCCCCCUCAAACACUAAUACCUCGCCUUCGCAACGCUGCCAUUGAUCUCAUCUCCUCCAGGGUCAAGCAAGCUGCUCAUCAUCCCAUCCCCUUCCUCUCCGACCAUGAAGAAGCCGCUCUACUUCCCUACCUCCGACCCGACGACAUCUCCUCCAUCCUCCUCCGCUCCCAAUCCCUCCCUCUCCCCUCCUUCCGCUUCUUCCGAUGGGCUACUUCCCGUCCUCUUCUCCACCCUCUCUCCCCUCUUCCCCACUCCAUUCUUGCCCACAUCCUCACCUCCUCUCGUCUCUUCUCCCUCGCCCUUUUCACCCUCUCCGACCUCGUCCGCGCUCACCCCAACCACGACGCUUUCGCCUCCCUCGUCUCCUCCUCAUCAAUCUGCAAUUCAAAUCCUGCGGUUUUCGGCAUGCUAAUCAAGGUCUACGUUAGGUCAGGGAUGCUCCACGCCGCUCUUGACGCAUGCCAGAGAGCUCUCUCCAUCGGAAUCGUGGUCGACGCCAAUGCCUUCAACUCCACCCUCCACGCUCUCGUGAAAAGUCAACACCUUGAUCAAUGCUGGCAGGUUUAUGAGCAAAUGCGGCGUGCUGGAGUAUUGCCCAACACGUACACCUUCAACAUCAUGACCCACGCGCUGUGUCGAGGCCACGGUACGAGCAGAGCCUGGGAUUUCUUGGAGGAGAUGGAGUCCCAUGGAUUCGACCCCGAUGUGAUCACAUAUAACACUCUGAUCGAUGGGUAUUGCAAGGCAGGGCGAACAGAUGAUGCAUUGCAUCUGUUUGAUGUUAUGCGCAAGAGACGAGUAGAGCCUGACUUGGUUUCUUGCACUAUUUUGAUCAAGGGAUUGUGUAGAGAUGGGAGGACCAAGAAAGCACGGCAACUGUUUGAUGGAAUGCUUCAAAGAGGUUUAGCACCGGAUUGUGUUGCCUUUAAUUCUCUUAUUGCUGGGCAUUGUAUGCAUGGUGAGAUCAAGGAGUCCAGGAAGUUGUUGCAGGAGAUGGUUCAACACGGUGUAUCACCGGAUGGAUUCACUUGCAGUGUGCUUGUUGAUGCGCAUGUGAAGUGCGGCAAGGUGCUAUCUUGCUUGAAUUUGAUUGUGCAGCUGCGCGGGUUAGACGUUGUUGUUCCGUUCGAUGUGUAUAAGCAGCUUGUUGGAGUUUUGUGCAAGGAAGAGAGGCCGAAUGCGGCGAGGCAACUGUUGAAAUGGAUGUCGGAGGAUGGGCAUUGUCCGGAUUUGGAGAUAUAUAAUUUAGUAAUUCAAGCCUUUUGCAAAGCUGAUUUGAUUAGAGAUGCAUUGGAUAUGAAGAAUGAGAUGGCUGAAAGAUCUGUGAAGCCUGAUUUGGAUACUUAUCAGGCUAUUAUUUGCUGCCUGUGUAGAUUGAACAGAAGCGUGGAUGGGGAGCAGUUGAUGAUGGACAUGGUAAACUCUAAUGUUGUUCCUGGUUCUGCUGUUUGUGCUGCAUUGGUUGAUGGAUUUUGCAGGGAAAGGGAUUUCAGCAAAGCCGAAUCGAUCAUCGGUUACUUUGUGCUCAAGUUUAAGAUAUUGGAUCAAUGGAGUUUCAAUACACUCUUGAGUGCAUGCAGUAAUGUGAUAGACAUGUUUGAGCUGCAGAAGAGGAUGUUGAAACUGGGGUUUGUUCCUGACAAGGAAACAUGCAAGCAUUUCAUUGUUAAAAUGUCACAAAAUUUAGAUGAAGAUGGUUAG